AUUUUCAAUUUAUCCAAAAAACGCAAUGAUCUAAGCCGUUUGCAUUCAGUUGUUGAACUUGGUUGGCCGGAAGAAUUAGCACCACCACUUGAUCGACUUUGUUCAAUAUGCAAAUUAAUAGAGAAUUGGUUAUCAGCAAAUGCGCAAAAUGUCGUUGUUAUUCAUUGUAGAGGUGGUUCUUCACGAGUUGCUAUUGUCAUCACUGCAUAUAUGCAUUAUAUUACCAUAUGUUCCACUAAUGAUGAAAUAAUUAAAAAUCGUUCUGCUUUACAACAAUUUAGUGAACAUUAUUUUGGAUCAAAUAUACAACCAUCACACAAACGAUAUGUAAAAUAUUUUUCAUCACUUCUUUGUGGACGAACAAAAAUUCAACCGGAAACCGUUUAUUUGCAUAAUAUUAUUUUGACGAAUUUUUUUGAUCGAAAUGUUUUAUUUAAAAUAUACGAACGUAUGCAACCGAUUCAUACAACAUCACUUAAGGUUGUAACAGAAAGUAAUAUAUUUGAAAUGAAUGAUUUACCGUUACGUGGUGAUAUUUUGGUGAAAUGUUUUCAACGUACGAGUAAUGCUGAACGUGUGCUAUUUUUUCGAUGCCAAUUUAAUACAUGCACAUUUGAUUUAUCAAAUCAUAAUGAAAACAUUUAUAAAUUACGAUUUUAUCGCGAAGAAUUGGAUAAUAUCUAUAACGGUAAAUAA